CAGGUAUAGAUUGAUAUGAAGAUAUAUCUUAGAUGCAGGACAUAUGCGAGACCGUGCAAAAUGCCUCUGUUGAUCGACAGCUGGACAAACAGACAGAUGGGAAGCUACAGAUCCAGACAGUUAGAACCAGAAGAUAGACUGAUAGAUCGACAGAAAUUCCUACAGAUUCCUGGAAAGAUAUUGAAUGUAGGACAGACAGUAAAUAACAUCCUGUCUUUAACUUCGCCAUGGAGAUGGAAUUAAAGUGUGAGUAAUGGAUGGGAGAGAUGGGGGGGGGGGUAAGCAGCUCUAAGUAGCCACUAAGCAGGGUAAAUCCUUUUCAAAGUCACUUCUGGCUUCGCAAACUGGAACACUGACUGUGUGCCCCGGGUCUCUGAUUUCCUUUGUCGUCUUUGAUAUAUUUUGUUUGUUUAGACUCCAAGGCUUUUGCUUUCUUCCUUAGUAUCGAUGUUUGCUGCCUCGUCUUUGCCUUUCUGCGUCUGUCUGCCUGGAAAAGAUUGAUAAUGUUCUUCUUUUUAUUUUCAACUGCUAUUUUAAAAUAAUCUGAGCAUAAACAAAAAAGAAAAUACUUGAAACCGUUCGCCGGGUUGUGAAGGUUAUUUAGAAUAUUCCUGUGGUAUUUUUGCUUCUUUUAAGAAAAUCGAAAUCGAUAAAAACCUUCCUGCCUGCGCUCUAAGUCAUGAAGAAAACAAGUUCUGGCAAUCCCAUACCGUUUCCAUCCCGGAUGUCUCCUCUCUCCCGGAUGCUCCUUCUCCUCCUGGGCUUUUCCUCUUGGAUCCUGCUGGACGUCUCUGCGGAACACGGGCCGCCGCUCCCCAAGUUCGUUUGCACCCCGAUGCCUGUGGAUUCCGAACCCGGUUGCUCUGGCAACGGCCGACACUCCCAACCCAUGACCACCGGCAGCUCCAACGCCUUGUGGGGUCUAACGGACGAUGCUAAAGCCACCAUCCUACACCUGAGAGAAACCAUCGUCCAGCAGAAGGAGACGAUUCUGGACCAGAGAGAAACGAUCCGUGAGCUCACGGCCAAGCUCACGCUCUGCGAAGGGUUUGGGACGCAUUCUACAGGACACCAUGACGAAGACGAUGAUGACGAUGAUGACGAAGACUCCGAUUCCCAUCACUCCAAUGCUUUGGGACACUCUUCACGCCCCCACCGCCUCCCCGAGCCCCAUCCUCUACAUGGGGUGCCCCAGCCGCAUCACAAGGAGACGCAUGGCUCCAAGAACACCAUGGGGGACCCCCCCAAGCACGCCGUGUCCGUGGAUCAGAUGGGCAGAAUGCUGCAGUCACUCAAAGAGAGGAUAGAUAACCUGCAGCACUCCCGGAACACGUCCACCUCCUACUCGCACUCUCUGAGGGACCUGCUUCAGAGGAGGAUCGCCGCUCUGGAGCAGCAGAUCCAGCAUCGACUGCACUCGGGGGGAGAGGAGGAGGAGGAGGAGGAGGAGGAGGAGGAGGGAGGGGAUCACCAUCAUCACAGCGAAGACGAGGACGAUCACCACCACAAUCAGCAUGAGAACGACACUGCCCAUGGGCACCACGAUGAUGGUCACCACGACGACGGACACCAUGACAAUGGGCACCACGACGACGGACACCAUGACAACGGGCACCACGAUGAUGGUCACCACGACGACGGACACCACCACGACGACGGGCACCAUGACAACGGGCACCAUGGCAACCAUGUCCCCCAUCACAGGAGAGGAGUCAAGAGUCGAGACAACCACGGCCGUGCCAGCCACGGCCACAAGCUCGACGCUGUUAUGAGUCAUCUGCCUCAUAGGAAAUCCGACAAGGCCGCUGCUUCUCACAAGAAGGUGAAAAGCCCGGAUGAUUUUCAGAUCGGGUUCCCCAUGCGCACGAACUACAUGUACGGCCGCGUGAAGCGCACACUCCUCCAAGAGAUAUUCGCCGUGACGCUCUGCCUCUGGCUCAAGUCCAACUCGUCCCCCGGAGUGGGCACCCCCUUCUCCUACUCCGUCCCGGGACAGGCCAAUGAGCUGGUGCUGAUUGAGUGGGGGAACAACCCCAUGGAGCUGCUAGUCAAUGACAAGGCGGUGACACUUCCCCUCUCCAUUAACGAUGCAAAGUGGCACCACGUGUGUGUGACCUGGUCCACGCGGGACGGGCUGUGGGAGUCGUACCAGGAUGGCAUUAAGAGGGGCACCGGAGAGAACCUGGCAGCGUGGCACCCCAUCAAAGCUGGGGGUGUCUUUAUACUGGGACAAGAGCAGGACACGCUUGGUGGUCGCUUCGAUGCCACGCAAGCCUUCGUGGGAGAAAUGUCCGACGUGAACAUGUGGUCCCACGUCCUGACGCCCAAUGAGAUCUACAACCUGGCCACCUGCGGCAGCCACGCGACCGGCGACGUCAUCGCGUGGACAGAGUCCUCCGUCGAGCUCCACGGAGGCGUGACCAAGUACCCCUUCGACCCCUGCCACUAGAGGGAACCGGUGAGAGCGAGAAAACACGCGCUACCAAAGGUUUACCCAACUUCCAACACCAAAGACUGUUUUUUUUCCCCGAAUCUGCUUGGAAACUGUAGAGCUUUGGUGACUUCCAGUAAGGUUUCUGUAUUGAGGUGCGCCCUCCCUGUCAUUCCCGAGAGAAGUGCGCUUUGGUUUUUUUUUUAGCUGUCCGAUAUCUUGUAAGGUCGACUCCUUCUAUAACUAGGGAGCGCACCACAGUUGCUUUUCUUUCAGUUUUUUUUUUAUUAUUAGGUGAAUGUGUUAAAUUAAAUUCAAUAAGGAACGAUUGGGGUGAAUGCAAGGUGUCUCCCAGCACACAUACCCACUUCUUUUGACUGAGAGGGAAUCGAGGAAGGAAGAAGUGUGCGUGGAUACUUGCUUACACAGCACUACCGCGUUCUUAAGCAAUGCUACAAUGUACUUCAUGUGCAAAUCUAUAUGUAAGCACACAAUUGUAUCAGAAAAGGGCUAGGGUUAUAUCAGGCAAAAAAUACACACUUAAUACAUUGUAACUCUGCAUCAUAACAUUGUGAUGAUGUGUAAGCAGACAUUUACUAAGUAUCUGCUAUGUAAAUACAAUUAGAGACUCUUAAUGGAAAGUGUUACUGAAAGGACUUGUAUAGUGUGCUAUUCUGUAUUUGAACCGUAUUUAAAAAAAAAACAUAUAUGUAAAUAAAUAACAGUGAAGGCGCUUAACCUCUGAAGUGUCUAUCUUGUAUAUAUCUAUAACAAUGCUGUGUAAUCCCGUGUUUAAACUGCAGACGAGUUUUGUAAAUAAAGAUUUUGACAAAG